AUGCCGAAGCAGCGACGAAACAUGGAAGACCUGCUCCGCGGCGUCGUCGAGCCCGGCACCGAGGGCGGCAGCAGCGUGAGCUCAUGGCGGCAGUUGCAGCGUAAGAAGAAGGACGAGAGUAUAUGGUUGAAAGCACUGGGGCGGAAUAAGAAGGUUUACGCGUUUCCGUUGAUUUCGAUCGCGCUGACCCUCGGUUUCGUCGCCUACGUCUUCACGAUGCCGCCAAUCUCCAAAGAAGAAGCAAUCCAGAAAGAGAUCGACUUGCGCUACGCAGGCAAGAACCUGACAGAAGAGCAAAAGAUCCGGCUUGCAUUGGUGAAGAAUGCCGAGCUUGACAUGUCGCGACACUUGCCGCCGACGCGGGAGUGA